GGUCGACAAAGGAUGCAAAUGCCCCCUGAUCUUACACCCAAAAAAGUCUCGACAUAUGCCAAACAGCCCCGAAUGAAAAAUAAUUUAAAAAGUUACAACAAAACCUGAAUCCCCUCCACUUUUAAAAAACACAAUUUAUGGAAAAUACUAAUAAUUCAAAAAAUGACCUAGAAAACUGGGAAUUGGAAUUCACAGAAGAAGAACUUGAUUCUCUAUUCCAGACUGCUUCUGCUUGUUCCUCAUCCCGGAGACCUUUCGCCGAUUCCGAUACCGGAAAUCGGCCUAAAACUCGCCGGAGAUUGCCGGAUUCGCUUUUCAACCAAUCAAACUUGUCUUCUUUAGUUCCCUGCUCCAGAAACCGCUCUUCUCAUCCUUCUUAUCUUGCUACACAAAAGAUGAGAUUUCCAGCAAUGACUUUUAAGGGUCAUAUUGUAUACAGUAGAACAUUUUCAGAGGUGGAAAAAGCUGCAAAUGAGCUGUUAAAGUUUGUGGAAACUAAGAUUAAAGAUGAGGGCCGUGCCGUUAUUGGAUUUGAUAUCGAAUGGAGACCAUUAUUCAAGAAAGGUGCCACACAAUCAAGGGUGGCAGUUCUACAGAUGUGUGCAGAUGCUACCCGUUGCUAUGUAAUGCACAUUUUUCAUUCUGGAUUCCCUGAAAAUCUGAAGUCUCUUCUUGGGGAUCCUCGAUCUUUAAAGGUCGGAGUUGGCAUUGCUGGUGAUGCACGUAAGGUGUUUAAUGAUCAUAAUGUAUCAGUAGAUGCCUUAGCAGAUUUGUCACGUUUAGCCAAUUUAAAGCUUGGUGGACAACCAAUGAUGUGGAGUAUGUCAGCAUUAACUGAAAAGCUUGCAUGCAAACAGGUUCCAAAACCCUCCAAGAUUAGACUAGGAAAUUGGGAGGCUAAUCCGUUAUCAAGUGAACAGCUGAAAUAUGCAGCCACUGAUGCAUUUGUAUCUUGGCACUUGUUUGUGGUUCUCAAUAAUCUACCAGAUGCUGAUACUCGUACAAAUGAAGUGAUGGAAGCCACGACACCCUCAUGAGUUUUGCUGAACAAACAUCAAGCUUUUUGCAAAGCACAUGAGAGAUUUUUGUAGCAAAAGCACCAUAUUGCUAUUUUUAUAUGAAUCAUUUGUUAGUCUCGUAGGUUUUGUUUGUAGAGUGCCCCCCUGGGCAAUCAAAAGACUUGAUCUAAAGUCGAGUGUUACACUGAUACCCCUCUAUUUAUCUAGCCUAUGAGUAAUUUAAUUAUAUGGGGAACUUGACUAGUACUCCGUAAACCACAAGUAUAGUUUGUAGUGUGUUUGAAUUUGCGGAUCCAAAUUGCUGUGA